AUGGCUUCCGACCGUGUUCACCGGUCUCCUUUCAUGGAUUGGCCUAAUGAUGCAGGCUUCGAGGCCACUGCCGAGUGUCGCGAACCUGUUGAAUUACCAGUCACCGGUUCAAUCCCUUGGCAGGUCGCGGGAACACUCUACCGAUACCAGCUCAGUCAUUGGUUUGAUGGGUUCACUCAUCUUCAUCGCUUUCAGCUGGUGGAGCAGCCUACUGGUACCUGCAGGGUGUUGUAUAGCUCGCGACGGCAAGUUGAUAGACUGGUCGAAGAGGCACGCAAGUCAGGGACUCUCGAGGGUAUCACCUUUGGCCAGAAACGAGAUCCAUGUGCGAGCAUUUUCCAGAAGGUCAAAAGUUUCUUUCGUCCCUCGUUCAAUACCAAAGACCCGGGGCUUGUCAAUGCCGGGGUCACCGUCCAUGCAAAUAUCCCUGGCGUACCGCCUCAUCUUAAGAGCUCCGAUCCAUCGGCAGGGGUGCGGCAGUUCCACGGUCUGACCACCAUGACAGAUGCCAACAUACUCAAACAUGUCGACCCUGAGACCCUGGAGCCGAUAGGGGUCACUCGCCAGGACGCUCUGCACCCUGAGUUGCGAGGUCCCCUUUCGUGUGCUCAUGCCGCCCUCGACCCUACCACUGGGGAUUUGUUCAACUAUAACCUCGACCUGGGUAGGUACGCAACAUACAGAAUUUUCCGAACUUCGGCUGCCACCGGCCAGACGGAUAUCCUUGCAACUAUUUCGGGCCAACCCCCCGACUAUGUGAUUCUGUGCAUCUGGCCCUGUAUCUUUGCGGCAGCUGGCGUCAAGAUCCUGUGGGAGAGAAACAUGGUGGAUGCUAUGCGAUUCGACUCCAACAUUCAGACGCGCUGGUGUGUCGUGGACCGAAAACGAAACAAAGGGGUGGUGGCCACGUUUUUGAGCCCAGCCUUUUUCAGCUUCCAUACCAUCAAUGCAUGGCAGACCGACAACGGCGACGGAACGGUGGAUAUCAUGUGUGAUAUCAUUCAAUAUCCGACCGAUGAAAUGAUACGGCGAGGAUACUAUGAAUCGAUGGUCUCCACCGGUAGUGACGUUGAGAAAUACUUUGGUAGUGAAGCAUCACGUCCCAGUUUGGUCCGCUAUCGCCUGCCCAGCGUGCCCAGGGACUCCCGGGUCGAGUUGCCUACCAACGAUGCAAAUAUACCACGAGCAGACAUACUGCUGAAAAUUGAAGGCGAAGGCGUUGGAGACCUGCCCACCAUCAACCAUUGUUUUGCCAGCAAGAAGACGCGAUAUGUGUACAACGUCGUCAACCAGGGAAAGGUAAGCUACUCCAUUCCUUGA